GCUCCGGCUCAGCCCUUGCGCGACUCCGGCGCUACUUGCACGAGCGCUGCGCGCGGCGCUGCACAGCCGGGCUCUUGGAGGCGCUCAGCGGCCCGGACCGCUCCGGAGCUCGGGGUAGAGGACCCGGUGACCCGGCUGUUUCGGGGAGGGGAUCGCUCGUCCCGAACUUCGUGCCCUGCGCUGUCCACUCAAGUUCUGGAAUUUUUACGCAUCUGGACUCCCCUCCUCCUGGCAGCCCGCAGGGAGUGAGGAGCUGCUCCCUCGGCGGGAGCCACAGGGCUCUGACUCAUCGUCGGGCCGGAACCCGAGGCCCCAGAAAAGAAAGCCCCACAGGACCCUUCGUUCUGGGGGUGGGGGCUCAGUUCUAGGACAGGAGAGCCCUUGGUGGCACUGGAUCUCGGCUCUUUGGAUCUCUCGGAAAACUAGGCGAUGCCGGAGCGCGCGGCUCCCCGCGCGCGGUCCGAGGAUCUAGCGGGGCGCCCCCUACCUCAGGGGGCCGCUCCGGACUCCACCAAGGCUGUCUCCUCUCCCUCAGAUCCAGCAACCGCAGGGAAUGACGCGGGUGCCUCCACAGCCCCGGCUCCGGGCGGGGAGGGCGAGCCCCACAGUCGGCACCGCGACGCCCGCCUGGGCAGCACCGAUAAGGAGCUGAAGGCAGGAACCGAGGCCGCGGACAGCGCCCGGACAGCGCCGGGGACCCCCUGGCAGCGGGGGCCACGGGUCAAGGUUAUGGAUGCAGCGGGCGGCCCCCGGAUCCUGCUCCCACGGCCCUGCCGCGUGCUGGUGCUGUUAAAUCCGCGCGGGGGCAAAGGCAAGGGCCUGCAGCUCUUCCGGAGCCACGUGCAGCCCCUGCUGGUCCAGGCCGACAUUUCCUUCACGCUGAUGCUCACCGACCGGCGGAACCACGCCCGGGAGCUGGUGAGGGCGGAGGACCUGAGACUCUGGGACGCGCUGGUGAUUAUGUCUGGAGACGGGCUGAUGCACGAGGUGGUGAACGGGCUCAUGGAGCGGCCGGACUGGGAGACCGCCAUGCAGAAGCCCCUGUGUAGCCUCCCAGCCGGCUCUGGCAAUGCACUGGCAGCUUCUUUGAACCACUAUGCCGGCUACGAGCAGGUGACAAAUGAAGACCUCCUGACCAACUGCACACGGCUGCUGUGUCGCCGGGUGCUGUCGCCCAUGGAUCUGCUGUCCCUGCAGACAGCCUCAGGGCUGCGUGUCUUCUCCGUGCUCAGCCUGACAUGGGGUUUCAUCGCGGACGUGGAUCUGGAGAGUGAGAAGUUUCGGGGCCUGGGCGAGAUGCGGUUCACUCUGGGAACCUUCCUGCGCCUGGUGACCCUGCGCACCUACCGGGGUCGCCUGGCCUACCUCCCUGUAGAAACGGUGGUCUCCAAGAUGCCCCCCGCCUCCGCUCCGGCCCAGUGGGCCCAGCAGGGCCCUGUGGACACCCACCUGGUGCCCCUGGAGGAGCCGGUGCCCUCCCACUGGACCGUGGUGCCGGAGCAGGACUUUGUGCUGGUGCUGGCGCUGCUGCAUUCACACCUGGGCAGCGAGAUGUUCGCUGCACCCAUGGGCCGCUGCACGGCCGGCGCCAUGCACCUGUUCUACGUGCGGGCUGGCGUGUCUCGGGCCAUGCUGCUGCGCCUCUUCCUGGCCAUGGAGAAAGGCAGGCACAUGGAGUGUGAGUGUCCCCACUUGGUGUACGUACCGGUGGUUGCCUUCCGCCUGGAGCCCAAGGACGGGAAGGGUGUGUUUGCUGUGGACGGAGAAAUGUUGGUCAGCGAGGCUGUGCAGGGCCAGGUGCACCCGAACUACUUCUGGAUGGUCAGUGGCUGCUCAGAGUCCCUCCCCUCCCGGGAGCCGCAGCCCUCACUCAGCCAGAAGCCUCAGCAGAGGCCACCCCGGGAAGAGCGCUCAUGACUCUGUGGGCCUUGCCGUGCCUUAGUCUACUCGGUUCAUUCUGAGCUUGGGCCUGCCCUCCCGCCUCCCCCACCUCCCCCAGGACUGGAGGGCGGGUGAACAGCUCGCAUGGGGCGGGGGGUGUGUGUGUGUGGGGGGGGGAAGGACGACGCCUGGGCUCCUGGAGGUGCGGGGAAGGACGGGCCAGGAGCGUGGAAGCCACUCUGCUUUGUCCCAGGAGCACCCCCCCCCCCCCCCGCCGAGUCAAGUCCAAAUAAAGUGACAUUUCCAGCC